AUGGCCUCCGCCGCGGCCUCGUCGUCGCGGCCAGGCCCGCCCGGCGCCCCUCGGCCUCCACAGACGACUUCAAGCCCCCGACCGUCCGGCGGCGGCCCCUCACGCGCGCCGCCCUCGUCGCGCAACAGCGUCACCGAUCCCAUCCUCCGCAAUACCCUGCGAUACACAAUCUCCGCCAAGGAAUAUGCCACUCUGCACAAGUACGUGUUGUCGCGCUCGCGCCUGCUGAAGCGAGCCUCGCCGAGCGUCACUGCCGUCGAGCGCAUCGUCGAGGGCGACAAACCCACCGCGCCGCGGCAGGUGACUAAUGCCAAUGCUCCGUCCGGGUCGGGUGCUGGUGCUGGUGCCGGUGCUGGUGCCGGUGUGAGGACCGUCGAUGACUACAAUGCGCGCGCCGUGCGCCACUCGUUGCGUGUCUUUCUCGGAACCGCCAUGGCUAUGAAGGGCUGGGCUCUCAUUUCGACAAAGUUUUUAGGCGGGAAGCCAGACCCCAAGGCCACGAAACAACCCCUCCACAAGUCGCCCACCCUGCGACUCUCCCUUUCCCUAUCAACUAUCCUCCUUCUCUACCGCAUCCUCUUCCGCUUCCUCAGUCGCUUGCGCGCGCACCUGCUCGAUCCCUCCGCAGCGCCUUUCCGCCAGAGGAACCCGCGCACCACAGCGACCCUGACGUCCCCCUACGCGCCCGCUAUCGGUGCCUCCAUGGCCGGCAUGUUUCUCGGCGUCUACCCUGCCCAGCAGUUACGUGUGACCGUCGCCAUCUACACGCUUUUCAGGGCCCUCGAGUUUGGCUGGAAUCUGUGCGAAGAGGAGGGCAUGAUUUGGGGUUUCAAGAACGGUGGCAAGGUCAAGCGAGAGAGGCCUUGGUGGUGGGGCAGCUGGCUCAUCCAGCCGUUCGCCUUUGGACAGCUGUUGCAUGCUGUCGUCUUCGACAGGGACUGCUUCCCGGAGUCGUAUGGGACUUUCAUCUUCAAGCACUCCUCGGCCUAUAUCCACCCGAGACCAAAGGAUUAUCCGUCCCAUCUCAAGUGGCCCAAAUCCAUGGAGAUUGUCGAUAACCUUGCCCAGAUGGCAAAGUUGAACUGGCCGCCCUUUGUAUCACCGACCCUCUUCCCGAACAAGGAGACGCUCCCACCAACGCUCGCCGCCGUCGCUCCUCUCACCUCAUCCGCCCACCCCAUCAUCACUUCGCUGUCGUGCGCAACCCUCCAUCCUUCGGACCCGUCUUGUCUUCGAACCUACCUCAACUUCUGGCUCGGGUCCUUCCCGGGCCUCACGCGUUUCUUCCUCAUCAUCUACUCGGUCAUGACGUUCGUCCCGCGUUUCCGGUCCUUGUACCAUUCGCCCGUCACGACGUUGCAGCGCGUGCUCACCAAGUCGUUGAGCAUGAGCACCUUCCUGACCGGCGCCAUCUCCACCGCCUGGGCGAGCAUCUGCUUCUUUCAACAAUGGUUCCCCCGUACUUUCUUGCCGACCCAGAGGUUCUUCUUUGGCGGUUUCCUGGCCGGUCUCUGGGCGUGGGUCGAGCGGAAGAACGGUCGCGGCGUGUUCCUCUAUUCUGCGCGCGUGAGCGUCGACUCGCUGUGGAAGGUCGGCGUCAAGCGGAGAUGGUGGAAGGCCAUGAAAGGCGGCGAUGUGUGGGUGUUUGUCAUGGCACUCAUGCUCACCGGCGUUGUGUACGAGAGGGACGCAAGGGCUGUCAAGGAGGGCAGCUGGCGGAAGGGCAUCAGCUGGGUCCGGGGCGAGGGUUUCAAGGACUGGAGCAUCGACGAGGAUUUCGCUGAGGAGAGCGCGGAAAAGAUCAACUAG